GUGUGUGUGUGUGUGUGUGUCAAGACAACUUAUGACUGAGUUUGGACGUUAACGUGUUUUCUGCUCAGCUCGCACCCUGCACCGAUUAGCUUAAAGAAGCUAAUGCUACUGAAAAGGAUCAACAGACAUGGCAGACUUAUAAAAUAAGAAGCUGUGAGAAAAUAGUCAGAAACCGAGUGAGCAGGAUGGAAGACAAUGUGUGUGAUGUCCUUCACUGUGAGGAGAAGCUGAGGACCACACUGCACUGUGAUGACAAGGACAAGCUUCGUAGAAAGUUGGCCCUGUUACAAAGGGAAUACCUCAGGACAGCUCAGAGACUGCAGCGUGCUGAGCGUUUGGAGGCUGUGCACAGUCAUGUGAGGACCAGGAUCACACAGAAAAAUGACCAGGAUCAGACUGAACGAAACCAGACUGAGUCAGACCUCUUUUACAAACCAUCUUCAUCAGUGAGAAACAGUCUCAGUAAAGCAGUUCAGAACCAACAGCACACUGGAGGUCCAGUAGACUCCAGUGAGUCCAGGAGGAGCCAGAUGGUUAGGUCCUUUCUGCCUUCUGAUUCAGUUUGCACAUCGACCCCAGACUCAAACCUCAAUUCAGUCAAAGGUCCAAGACCGAGUCCAGCCUUACGCCUGAGGUCACGACGUAGUCGCAUGCGCUGGGAAAAGAGAAGCGCUGAGGCUGGACGGAGCACAGAUAACAGCGAGGAAGGACAAGAGCAGAGUGAAAAGACAGAAGACAAAGAAUCACAUCCAGUUAAAUACAGUGAAACAGGAGUUGUGAAUGAGAGUGAGGAGCUGAUUUCUGCUUCAGAGUCAGAGUCUCCUUCUCUGCUUCUUACACACUGGAACCCACAAGAGCAAAGUGAAACAGUGGAAACUGUGGAGAAUCAGGAACUAAGGGAAAAAGACACUGUGUGUACAGGACAAGACUGCUCAGAAAGUCAGAAAAACAAAAAAGGGGCACAAGGAAGAGAGGACGGGGAUAAUGGUAGAGAACAGAAGGAUGGGACAUUUUAUGAAGAGACUAUGAAAAACACUAAACAACAAAGAGAGACUGAACCGAGUCAUUUGGAUAUAGAAGAAGAAAAGACGAUGAUUGAAGGAGAUGAAAAGCGUCUCUUGGACUCCUGUACUCUAGUGGAAGGGCUGCUUUUUCCAGUGGAGUAUUACGUCCGAACCACAAGGCGUAUGGCGGUUUCACAGAGCCACCCCGACAUGCAGGCGGUCAUACUGUCUCAGCUCAGCGUGGGCCGACAUCGCCGGACCCGGGGUCGUGGCAGAGGAACCAACAAACAGAGUCCAACAAAUGAAGAAAUAAACACUCAGAGUGAUUUCUCUUCCACUGAGAAUGAAACUGCCUCUGUAGGUUUACAUGUGCCAUCCCAGGCUGCGAAUACACCCCUGACCUACAACAGUCAGAGCUCCAGUGAGAUGUCAGAGCCAGUCUCUGUCAGUCAGACCAACAUGGAUGUCCUCCUCUGUACUCCUCGUCCAAGCAGAGGCAGGAGAAGCAGAGGAGGCAGGGGUAGAGGAAGGAGUCAGAACCGCCGAUCUUUUAAACCCACUCAUCACCAAGGCUUUGGACAAACUUCAGCUGAUCCACACCCCGUCUGCACCUCGGCCACGUCCUGCCCAUCAGUACCUGAUCAGUCAAGACCUCAUCUCACUUCAGAAGAUGAUGGUCCCAUGUCCAACAACCCCCAGCCUGUGUUCGCCCACAGCACAGUUACCCAGCAUUCCUCUGUGCGAAAUGGUACACAAAUCAGCUCUACCCCUGGAGAUGAGAAGGUCUAUCCCAUCUUUCUGAAGAGCAACUGCAGAUCGAACAACGCCACAUGUAAUGAUUCUGGUGCAGACUGGCGUUCCUUCCUCCUGCCCUCCUCUCCAACUCCCCAAACCUCUCCUCUUCUUCCCCUGCCCUCAAAGACCUCUAAUCCACUCAUCAAACACCUGGUCAGCUUUGACAUCGUACAGGAUUUCCAUCUCCCUGAUGACCAGUUUGCCUCCUUGAAGCUGCACAAGCUCCGUCAAGUCGCUCUAGCCUCAGGAGUGGAACAUUUCACACCGCCGUCUUACAACACACGAAGCAGCACCAACAACCGAUACUCUGAUCCACUAACGCCUCUGCCUUUGUCCCUCAGCCUCACACCCACAGUUGAAGAAAAACAGACCUUUACACAGCCAGUGGACCAUCAGAACAUGUCAUCACAGUCGUACGAGUCUGUAGAUAAAAUAACGAGCGAGAAGUCUGAAAACAUUCACACUGACAGGGAGAGCCAGUCUAGUUUAAUUGAUUCUGUGUUAGUGGUUCAAGACUCUGCUGCUGAGUGUUUAGACCAGAUGAAUGUCUCAAGUAGAUCUGUACUCACACCCUCAAGUCUUCAUGUCCAUCAAUCAAAGGGUGAAACAUGUACAAACCAGCAAACAGAAAACAAAGCUGCAAUCAAGACUUGUUCCCUCUCUGAAUACACUUCAAAUGUUUGUACUGACACUGAAGUUUCAGAAGCGACUCCUGCUUUGAAUGUGAACAUUUCUGUCAGAAAUUCAACGGAACCAUCAGAUCUUACGGUGGACAAAGCUGAGAGGUGUUUACCCCGGUACAGUGUUCGCUCUCAGCCCCUGUUGAGCCCCCCUCAUGCCACGACACCUUCCUGCCCUCACUCCUCUAGCCCUGGACUGCCCUCCCUUGGCCUCACCCCCCACCCUGUCCCUGCCCUGACGUCUUCUCCCUCUGCCCCUUCUCUCACCCUACCUCCCCCUCACAGCCCAUCCACACAGGACCUCUCCCCUCCAUAUCUCUCCCCCCUUCCACCCAGUCUGCAUCCCAUCUCACCCUCAGCUCAGAUCCAGCCUCCUCCUGCAGCAGAUCACUGUCAGAGGGUCGGACCUGAUACCGGCUACACACUGGAUCAAACAGACGGGGUGGUGGACUUAAGUCUGGACAAAGUAAAUGAAAAUGAACAAAUCUCAGGAAUGCAGGGACCCAGGAGUUGCACACACAUGUUAAAGGCCCCAGCAGGCGGCUGUCUUGUGGAUAUGUGCUCUUUUCUUGUAUCUUCGGGCACUUUGUGUGUAGCAGCAGCAGGUAAAUGGGCUGUGUGUGUGUGGACUCAGACAUCAGCAUCUGGUUGGGACUUAACACACACCUGGACCUUCAAUGAGCCAGUGAUCAGUGUGUUUCCUGUUAAUGAUGCUACUGGACUCAUAUGUGUCACACUGGGUCAGCUGGAAAUCAGACAAGUAAGGAUGUUGUCAUGUUCCAAUUUUACACAAGUGCUGCUGUGUGAUGGGAUCAUCCAGACUGUCGUAGGCGUCCCGAAGUCCAGAGUGGUCACCUCAUCCCACUCUGCAUCCACAUCCACACUGCGGGUGUUUACACUGUCAGACAGCAGUAUGUGGACGUCUCAGCCUCUCGUGUCUCCUGGUGUUUCCGUCGGGGCUCUUGCUGCAGUGGACGGACUCUCAGACGCUCUGAUCGGAACAGAUGAAUGUGGACACCUCUUUAUCUGGAACCUCCAGACUGGACACCUGCUACAGAAGAUUCCUCUGGGAGAAGGUUUAUCCCACUCAGCCUGUCUGAGAGGAUAUUCCACCUGUGGGGUGUUGUUUGUCCUGAUGCAGCACCACUUCCUCGGCUCUCUGGAAGAAGUAGAAAAAGAGGCUGGAGUAAAAUACCAGAUGUUUCCAGAGAAUGAGAAGGAGGAGAAGAAGUUGACUCUGUUCUCUUUAGUCGCCGUCAACCCUCGAUGUGGAAAAUCUGUCUUGGCCACUCGGCUGUAUCCUCCAAAGUCCUGGACGGGCAGGUUGUGCGAGGCUGACGUUCGCGGCUGCAUCGUGGUCGGUGUGAGUCAGAACGGCUGCGGGUGUGUGUGGGACCUCAGACGGGGGAGGGGGGGUCUGAGGAUGUGGUGGGCCCCUGAGAGCGAAGGCUGGCAGCUGGCUCGAUGGGGGCCUGGAAACGUCCUGCUGACCGGUCACCACAACGGAGAUGUCACUUUACACAAGUACAGUCACACUCCAACAGAACCAUGACUUUCUAUCAGAUAUAAAGGGCUCACAUGAUGGGUUUAACAGGACUUUGAGCGUCUUCUGGUCUGCAGUGCUGCUAAGAAAUGGGAAUUCAUCCACUAUAAACUGAACAUGUGUCAUAUGUCAGUAGCCUCCUGCUUUAGCUUUAUUUAUCAAACAUCUUUAACACUGAACAGUUAAAGUACUGAUCAGCUGGGCUUGGGAUCGCCAGCCUUUGGAGAUGGUGUUUUUAGAAUAUGUGGAAAACUGAGCGGAUAAUACUUAGACGUUGUAGACCACUGUUCAUCCACUGUAAGUCACAUUUGUGUUUUACUGCUGCUUUUUGUGCCUUUGUAGAUGCAUGUUUUUGUAUCUGUUAUGUUUCAAGAAAAAGAGCCUGUUUUAUAAAAUUUACAUUAAACAUUUGUGAUUUCUA